CUCAGUUUGUUGAGUCUUUAAGGCAAGUGAUGACAAUACAUAUUGACUUCCCGUUUAAGGAUUUCUUGAAUUCACACUAGAGAAGUCACUCAGGCCCUUUAAGGUAACAAAGGGUUUCAGUGUUAUUUUGUUGCACGGUUGCUUACUCGAAAGCGAUGCUGCGCAUGCACAGCUUGGCGAUUCUGCUGGCUUUUGUCCAGUACAGCCAUAACUAUGAAGUGGGGAAUAUGUUAACGGAGUUUAAAGUUGAGCUAGGCCAAGCAAAGUAUGUUGUACCUGUGGCUACACCCAAAGGAUUCCCAACUCAUUUAUUUGAAGUCCAACUUCAGUACACUAGUGGCGGAGGGAAUGGUCCUCUUGGGGUCGGAUGGAGCAUAGGGGGAUUGACCCAAAUCGAAAGGUGUGCUAAGACCCCAGCUCAAGACGGACUUCGAAGUGGUGUAAAUUACGAUAAUAAAGACCGAUUUUGCUAUGAAGGCUCUAGGCUUGUCGUGACUUCUGGUUCUUACGGUGUGGAUGGGUCGACAUAUGGCACAGAGUUAGAUUCCUACAUGAGAGCUUAUGCCCUUGGUUCACAAGGAGCAGGACCUCAGAGAUUUCACAUUAAGACCAAAGGAAACCAGAAAAUGACAUUUGGAUCCCACGCUAAUUCCCGCGUUUUUGCUCAUGGUGUUCAAAGUAUCCACGCGUGGAAACUCGAUUCAAUCAGCGACUAUUCUAACAACGUAAUCAAGGUAAAGUACAUGGACAACACGAAUGGUUUAUUGGUAUCACAAAUCUCCUAUAAUAACAUGCUGAUUUCCUUUGAGUACGAAGCUCGCAGUGAUGUCUCUACGAGUUAUCUCAAUGGCGGUGUCUUCCAUACGCAAAACAAACGACUGAAAUCUGUCAAAACACUUGUAUCAGGUCAACUCCACCGUGAAAUCAAAAUAACGUAUCAAACAGCUAAGACUUCACAACAGAGCAUCAUAUCGACUGUCCAGUUGUGUUCCAGGGGUGGAAAAUGUUACAAACCGGAGACAAUGACGUAUCAAGGUACUGUCGAUGUGGAAAGAGCCAGCAGCCCAAGAUACUGGAUUCAUGAGUUUGGAUAUAAUCAAGGAUGGCGUGUAGGUACCCACUCUCGUCAGGUAGUCGAUAUGAAUGAUGAUGGUUUGGCAGAUAUAGUGGGAUUUUCCAAUGGAGGUGUUGUGGUGGCUCUGAACAGCGGAGCCCGAUCAUUCAAGCGACAUAGAACAUGGGUGCAUUCAUUUGGCUCCAGUUCGGGUGGGUGGGGUCGUCAACAUCCUCGACAUGUUGUAGACGUCAAUGGCGACCAUCUUCCAGACAUAGUUGGAUUUGCCAAUGAUGGAGUCUAUGUUGCUCUUAAYACYGGAAAGGARUCUUUUACUUCUCCAAGAAACUGGUUGUAUCAAUUUGGUUACAACCAUGGCUGGAGAGUAGAGAACCAUCCAAGAUUCGUGAAAGAUAUGAAUGGCGAUGGCUUAGCCGACAUUGUUGGCUUUGCUAAUGGCGGUGUUUAUGUUGCCCUUGGAACUGGUUCUCGUUUUCAAACAAGUCGAAGAUGGCUGGCAGCGUUUGGAUAUUCUGCCGGCGGAUGGCGCGUUGCAGAUCACCCAAGGUUUCUGGARGACGUCACAGGRGAUGGUCUUCCAGAUGUUGUAGGAAUGGCUAAUGAYGGUAUAUAYGUUGGAGUCAAUACAGGAACGUCCUUUAAAUCAGCAUCCCGGUGGGGAAGUCAAUUUGGACACAACGCAGGAGGAUGGAGAACCAACCAACACCCUAGAUUCGUUGUGGAUGUCAACGGAGAUGGCUUGCCUGAUGUUAUUGGAUUCUCCUGUUGUGGUGUAGAGGUUUCUCUUUGCACAGGAAAGAGUUUUCUGCCUUCAAGGACAUGGUUUCGUGGAUUUUCUUAUAACAAUGGCUGGAGGGUAGAGCACCACCCACGAUUUGUGCAGGAUGUAAAUGGAGACGGACUAGCUGAUGUCGUUGGUAUUGCAAAUAGUGGAGUUUACGUUGCAAUAAAUUCUGGGUUGUCCUCAUUUUCUUACAAAAGGCAUUGGACGGGAGCUUUYGGUAAGGACAGCGGUGGUUGGGUAAACAAAUACCAUCCUCGUUAUCUGGCCGAUGUAACAGGAGACGGAGUUGUGGAUAUCAUUGGUUUUGCUAAUUCAGGAGCAUACAUCUCUACAAAUGAUAAUAAACAAACCCUGUUAACAUCCUUUGCCGACAGCUAUAAGAACACGCACAAGAUUACUUACUCCUCAUUAGCUGAAAAAACGAUUUAUACUCGAGGAAACACUAUGCCCUAUCCAAAUCCAAAAGUUAAUGUUGCACAGACUGUGGUCAAACAAUAUACACAGAAUAAUGGCAUUGGAGGGUUGAAUACUACCUCAUUUACCUACAGUGGCAUGCGUGUCAAUUUAAAAGGUCGURGUGGAUUGGGAUUCAGUGAGGUUACUGAGAAAAGACAUGAAAACGCCGAAACAACAACCACAUCGUAUCAUCAGAACUUUCCAUUAACAUCGAUGACAAAAUCCGUUACAAAGAAAGUUGGUGGCGUUGCAGUCCUUCAAAGUACUAAAUCGUACAGUUCAAGGUCUAGGAGUAGUGGACAAAAGCAGGUUUUGCUACAGAAGGACGUWGUAAAUCACUAUGAACUCAACGGUAACCUUGUAAGAACGGAACAGCUAGUCAUCGAUGGCGUAGAUGAUUAUGGAAACAUAAAAGCGAUGAAUAAAAUCACAAGUGGAAACGGCAAAACCUUUGAACARAAAACACUAAAUAAUUAUACUAAUAACCCUCACACAUGGUACAUUGGAGAGUUAGACUCGGUUGCAGUGUCUUAUCACAGUKCAGGCGCCACAACCAUAGUGAGGAGAUCGAUAUUCUAUUACGACCGAACCACAAGGAAUCUUAAAUACGAACUCAGAGAACCAAACCAUCACCUCGGAAUAAAAACGUCAUAUGUUUACGAUUCCAAAGGCAACGUUGUUGAAAAAGCUGAAACUCCAAUUUUCCCGAGGUCAGCUUCUCUUACCCCUAUUCCUCGACGGGUAUUUAUGACUUACGACACGGAGGGUCUUCAUCUCCUGUCCGUAAAGAACGAUUUUGGACACACUGAAUCUUACAAGUACGACGUAUUUGGCAAUGUACUCUCAUUCAUAGGAGCUAAUGGCCUUAAGACAACUUACAAGUACGACGYCUUUGACAGACGCAUCCAAGAAAUUCGUCCAGACGGCGUUACUACCAAAAUGGAGCUAUAUUUCAGUGCACAUCACACUUCUCUUAAGAGAGCUGUUUAUAUAGAGAAGACAACCAGAAGUGGAGAUCAAGACACUCUCAAGAUCUACGACUGCUUAGACAGACCUAUUCGUAUACAAUCAAAGGGAUUUAAAGGGCAAGAUGUCUACCAGGAUAUCGAUUACGAUCCGUUUGGUCAAGUGCGAAGACAAAGUUUACCAUACUAUUCUAAGGGCCAAUCACCUUCCUGGAUAGUAUUCAAGUACGAUAAGAUUGGUCGUGAGAUUCUUGAGGAACGACCAUUAGAUGGUCCAGGCACUGCUCGAAGAGUGAAAGUAUAUAAUGGACUUGAAUCAGUCACCACAGAUGCUAAUGGCAACAGGAAAAAGAUGGAGAGGGAUGUAUUAGGAAGAAUUAUCAAAGUGACGGAUGCUCUUGGUGGAAAGGCGACAUAUCAGUACGAUUCGGUUGGGAACUUGAUMAAAACAACUGAUCCUGGGGGUCACGUGACUUCUAUAGCAUAUGAUCAACUUGGUAACAAGGUAUCCAUAGAUGAUCCUGAUAUGGGCCUCUGGAAGUACUCGUAUGACGCACAUGGUCAAAAGAUAUGGCAGAAAGACGCUGUAGGCAACGAAAUAUUCUAUACUUACGACAGACUGGGCCGCAUGAUUGCUCAGCGUGCCCCUGAAGGGAGAACAAAGUGGAUUUACGACCAAAGCGCUCACGGAAAAGGAAAACUCUCUAAAACAGAAUCUCCAAAUGGUCACGUCAAGGAGUAUACAUACGAUGAUAAAGGCAGAGAGAGUACUAUCAGACAGCGAAUAGAUGGACAAAUUUUUGAUGUCCACUCGAGUUACAACAAUCUUGGACAACUAACGCAGCAAACACUACCAAAGAACAAGAAGGUUAAUUACUGCUACGAUGACCAAGGUUUUCUAACUGAGGUAUCUAGAGCGCCAUGUGGCCAGGGAUCAUCGACAUCAGUCUACUGGAGAGCGCUAGCCUAUGAUUCAUUUGGACACAUAGCAAAGGARCAGUAUGGCAACUCACUAUUGACUGACUACACUUAUGAUGGCAGUAACCACAUCAAAUCCAUUAAAACGUUAGACUUCUCCAGGAGAAUGAAGCGACACUGGGAGUACACAUUCGAUGCUUCUGGAAAUAUGCUUGAGAGAAGAGAUUUUUCGCAUAAGUGGAACACUAAAGAGACAUUUUUCUACGACGCUCUGGACAGAAUUACCAAGGCUAACAUAAGAAGCAUGAAUCUCAACAAGGAAGCAGCAUUCAGUGAAGAUUGGGAGUACGAUAGUUCCGGUAACCUUCGCAGGUACAGCGGAUUUGGAGGUCUCCAUCACGAAUACAGCAGCUCACAGCCCCAUGCAGUCAUCCGUGCUGGUCCCAAUACCUACUCAUAYGAUUCGAACGGUAACAUGGUAAAAAAGAACAAUCAACACGUGACAUGGACCUCAUUUAAUAAGCCAAGAACGAUAGAGAGAAAGACUAGAGAUACCGUCAAGUUUGAAUAUGAUGCCAGUCUAAAUCGUUUUAAAAAAUCCAGUCCUGAAGAGACAAGCAUAUACAUUGGAAAAGUAUACGAGAAAAUCACGGAUGGCAAGAAAACCUCUCAUAAGUACUUUAUAUACGCUCUUGGAAGGCUAGUUGCUAUAGAUACGAAGGUMGAGUCUGAACUAUCAUCAUCGGCUAUUAUAAGGUACAUCCAUGGAGACCAUCUUGAUUCCGUUGAUACGGUGACUGACGAAAGAGGCAAUAUUCUCGAAUCGCUUAGGUAUAAUGCUUAUGGACAGAGACGCUCAGAGCACUGGGCAAGCUUUGAAGGAUGCACUAGCCACGCACAACGUGGUUCUGCUACUACUGGUACUAAACGUGGAUUCACAGGGCACGAGCAUCUAGAGGAAGUAGAUCUUAUUCACAUGAACGGACGUAUAUAUGAUCCUGUUGUUGGGCGAUUCCUCAGUCCUGACCCUCAUGUUCAAGACCCCUACAACACUCAGAACUUGAACCGUUACAGCUACACUUUGAACAACCCUCUUAAGCAUACGGAUCCAUCUGGUUACUUCUUUAAGAARAUCGGUCGUAUCUUCAAGAAAAUAUGGAAACCAUUAGUUACAGUCGUGGCUGUCGUAGCAUCAGUGGUGACACUAGGAGCAGCUGCUCCAAUUGCUGCUGGAGUAGUUGCAUCGGUAGGGUUAACAGGAGUGACUGGAACUAUCGCAGCAGGAGCAUUAGCAGGGGCAGCAGCUGGGUUUGUUGGAGGUGCGAUUGCUGGAGGAUCUCUUAAAGCAGGCUUGAAAGGUGCGUUAGGUGGAGCCAUUACCGGUGGAAUUGGCGCAGGUAUCGGAGCGCAUUUCGGUAGCACWUGGAACCUUGAACGUGUCGCAGCCCAAGCUAUAGGUGGAGGAACRGCGAGYGAACUCACUGGCGGGAGAUUUAAAGACGGGUUUCUGCUUGCUGGAAUAACAGCAUCUGCGCAGUACCUUUACAACACUAUGGUCAACUAUAAACCCACAUGGCAGUCAGGGGGUCCAGCACAACCAAAGACUCAAACUCAGAUGCCCAUAAAGGGAGCAAAUAACAUUGGUAUCCAACGWGAUCAGACUAUUGACCCGAGGAGUUGGCUUUACGAAGGAGGAAGAAUCAGCAGAUUUUUGAACAAAGUACCCGGAGUUAACGCUGUGGCAGGUUUGCAUGAYGUGUUCCAAGUCAGGCUGGAUGGCGCUAUUAUCCCGGGGGCCCGAGAUAUUUUGAAUGUACCGGGUAUGAUUCCAGCUGCURGUUUUACCUAUGCCGCUCUAAUUGACGGCCCAGCCUCGCAAGCAUUAUUGGUGGACAAAAAGAAACGACGCUGAACUGUUAGCUAAUUAGAUGAGAUUAAAACUAGACUCGAUUAAAACUAGACUUCGAUAAAAGAUAAAUGAUUCGCAAAUUAUUUCAAUGUUAUGUUGUAAUAAUCAACUAUGUUGUCAGUUCAUUAAAGUAAUUAGUCUCCAA